AAAUCUGAAGCCGGCGCCAAUUUCAGUCGUGGAUAAGGUUCUACUUCUACGUCUUGUUCUUUCUCAAAUGCUCUCUUUCUCUCUCUUAACUAUUUCAUACCCUCCUCUCUUUUCUUCCCACACAGAGAGAAGAGAAGAAGAAGAAGAAAGACAAUAAUUAAGGGAUAAACAUAAACCCUAACAUAACAAUGGCCACACUUCAAGCUUCCCUUCUUUCCAAACCUUCUCUUCCAUUUCCAUUCCCAUUCCUCUCUCCAAACCACUCCACAUUCUCCCUUCAUCACAUCUCUUUCAAUCCAAGCUUCCACCAUUCCACGCGACUCCGCCCGCGCGUCCCCUCCACCUCGCUCUGCACAUUUCGCCCCGACAGCGUAAGUUCUCCGCCCGAACCGAACCCUGAUCGUUCCGAACCGAAAUCCGGUUCGGCAUAUGAGGAACCGGAAACCGGCACCGUUGACGGAGAUGAAAGUUUAAAUUUGACAGAAGAAAGUGCAAUUGCGGUUUCAGAUUUGAACGAAUCGAAGCUCGAAGCGGAAAGGUCCGUGACUGUGGCGUGGAGUGGUGUUGAUUUGGAGAGCAAAGGGAAGAGUGUGAAUUUGGCUGGGAAGGAAGAGGAGGUUGUUGAUGGUAGGUUACCGAUCGUGGUGUUCUUUGUGGGACUGUGGGUGAGGGCGAGAGAAGGUGUGAAGAGGGCUUUCUCGGAAUUCAUUGAUUGGUGGCCGUUUUGGAGGCAGGAGAAGCGUUUGGCGCGAUUGAUUGCAGAGGCCGACGCCAAUCCUCAGGACGCUUCCAAACAGAGUGCUCUGUUUGUUGAGCUCAAUAAGCACAGUCCCGAGUCUGUCAUCAAGCGAUUUGAACAAAGAGACCGAGCUAUAGACAGUAGAGGGGUUGCAGAAUAUCUUCGAGCUCUUGUGAUCACUAAUGCCAUUGCUGAAUAUCUUCCAGAUGAGGAAUCUGGAAGACCUUCUGCCCUUCCUACCCUGUUGCAAGAGUUGAAGCAGCGUGCAUCAGGUAACUCAGAUGAUACAUUUCUUAGCCCUGGAAUUUCUGAGAAGCAGCCAUUACAUGUGGUUAUGGUUGAUCCAAAAGUAUCAAACAAAUCACGUUUUGCUCAGGAGCUUAUCUCAACUAUUUUGUUUACUGUAGCUGUGGGUUUGGUCUGGUUUAUGGGUGCUGCUGCACUUCAAAAAUACAUAGGAAGCUUGGGCGGGAUUGGAACUUCAGGUGUUGGAUCAAGUUCUUCCUAUGCCCCAAAGGAGCUAAAUAAGGAAGUGAUGCCAGAAAAGAAUGUAAAAACAUUUAAGGAUGUGAAAGGUUGUGACGAUGCAAAGCAAGAACUUGAGGAAGUAGUAGAGUACCUAAAAAAUCCAUCUAAGUUUACACGCCUUGGAGGAAAGUUACCAAAGGGGAUUCUUUUGACAGGAGCACCUGGAACAGGAAAAACUCUGCUGGCCAAGGCUAUUGCUGGAGAAGCUGGUGUUCCAUUUUUCUAUCGGGCAGGGUCUGAAUUUGAGGAGAUGUUUGUUGGAGUUGGUGCUCGACGUGUAAGAUCCUUAUUUCAAGCAGCCAAAAAGAAGGCUCCUUGUAUCAUCUUCAUUGAUGAAAUUGAUGCCGUUGGAUCAACAAGGAAGCAGUGGGAGGGCCAUACCAAGAAGACAUUGCAUCAACUACUUGUUGAAAUGGAUGGGUUUGAGCAGAAUGAGGGAAUAAUCUUAAUGGCUGCAACGAACUUGCCUGAUAUUCUUGAUCCAGCUUUAACGAGGCCUGGUAGAUUUGAUCGGCAUAUUGUUGUACCAAAUCCAGAUGUACGAGGUCGGCAAGAAAUAUUGGAACUCUACUUGCAAGAUAAACCUAUAGCUGAUGAUGUAGAUAUUAAAGCAAUAGCUCGUGGUACCCCAGGAUAUAAUGGUGCAGAUCUUGCAAAUCUCGUAAAUGUUGCUGCCAUUAAAGCUGCGGUUGAAGGUGCAGAGAAAAUAACGGCUUCACAGUUGGAGUUUGCAAAAGACAGAAUAAUGAUGGGUACAGAGCGGAAAACAAUGUUUAUAUCAGAAGAGUCAAAGAAGCUUACUGCUUAUCAUGAGAGCGGCCAUGCAAUUGUUGCCCUUAACACUGAGGCUGCACAUCCAAUUCACAAGGCAACAAUCAUGCCACGUGGAUCUGCUUUAGGAAUGGUUACUCAGCUUCCCUCAAGUGAUGAGACAUCAAUAAGCAAGAAGCAAUUGUUAGCUCGCCUUGAUGUUUGUAUGGGAGGAAGAGUUGCAGAAGAACUUAUCUUUGGUCGGGAUUAUGUCACAACUGGAGCAAGUAGUGAUCUUCACACGGCUACUGAGCUUGCCCAUUACAUGGUAUCAAAUUGUGGGAUGAGUGAUGAAAUCGGGCCAGUUCAUAUAAAGGAGCGACCAAGCUCUGAAAUGCAGUCACGUAUUGAUGCAGAGGUUGUGAGACUCCUUAGAGAAGCAUAUGAUCGUGUGAAAGCCCUACUGAAGAAGCAUGAGAAGGCAUUACAUGCACUGGCAAAUGCGUUAUUAGAGUAUGAGACACUUAGUGCAGAAGAAAUCCGGCGAAUACUUCUUCCAUAUCGGGGAGGGAGACUGCCAGAGCAACAGGAACAAGAAGUAGCAGAAGAGGAGCUUGUGCUGGUGUAAUAUUUCUCUCCACUUCCUGUUUAUUACUGUACUAAUUAUAGGGGAAGCUCUGUACAGUAUACCUAGAAACCCUACAGGUAUUUUUCUUAAUCUAGUCUCUGCUGUUUCCCUGCUUUGUGCAUGCUAUUCUUGUCAUAAGAUGCUUAUAGGAAGUAAGUUAUACACCUUUGGAUAUCUCUGAAGGUCAGCUAGUCCUGCUUACAAUGAAAAAGGUCAGCUAUUAGAGUUUGAUCGCCCUUGCUGAGGGCAAUAUUUUUUGGAGAGACUAUGUAAUUUGUAGAAAGACGUGUAUUGGACAUUUUGAGAAUUGUGCUUAGUAACCUAAGCACUCUUCAUUUUUUUAAAGAAUUUGUUGUUAAACUGAGACCGAAGUGUCUGUUGGGUGUCGGCAAGGUUAGGUUGCUUCUGUAAUUUAUUUAUUUUUUCACUAAUAAUUACGAUGUCAUUUGUUACCUAUAUUCAAGGAUUU